GGCUUUUAUAAACUGCGUGCGGAGCACCGAGGAGGGAAAUUUAAACAGAAGAAAAAUUCAGACAGAGAGACAGAGACAGAUAGGUAACUUGGAUAGCGGGAAGAGUUUCACAGUGGGGAUAGAAGUUUGAGGAAGUUUUUGAGAGGGAAGCUGAAAGAAUGCAUUUUCAGAAACUGAGCCCGAAACAACUGCUGUACCAAAAGGUGGUGAAGCCGGGUGUGGAGCGCAGGCGCAGGGCUCGGAUAAACCAGUCUGUGGAGCAGCUCAAAGAAAUGCUUCUGAAGAACAACAAACUGAAAUGUCUUCAGCCUCGGAUAGAGAAAGCUGACAUUCUUGAAAUGACGCUUCAGUACAUCCGAGAGCACAGCAUGACAAGGGGCUCCACUGACUCUGAUUUCCAGGCUGGCUUCCAGCACUGCCUCUUGCUUACCCAUCACUUCCUGUCUACCACCGGCCACUUCCUGUCCAACACUGUUUCCCCAGCAACAAAAACCAGGCAACUCCAGUGUCAGCAAAAAUGGCUAACGUUGGCAACAAACAAUGGGAACGCACGCCUGCCUGUGGCCAUGGAAACCAUCACAAAGCUAAACCCAGAAUCCUCUUCUCUUUCAACAUGCAACAUUCCAAACAGCCAAUCGGCUACCUCCAGUUUGUCCCACACUACUUCCUGUUAUAAUUCAUCUAAAGUAGCCCCACUUCCUGUGAGACUGAACAAAAGGAUGCAGCAACUUCCUGUGGUACAAGAAGUCCAUUGGAGGCCUUGGUAGCCAUGGAAACUGAAAUUAAAUUUUAUGGGAGAUUUUCUAUUAGAAAAUCUACUUCAACGCUACACUGGACUGUACUGCUUGCACUAACCACAAGAGGGUGCUGAUCUGCCCAAUACAAGAAGAUGAUGUAGAAAUACAGACCCCACAAUGCACCAGGGUAGGACACACUCACUCUGAAUGCCAGGAGGGUUAAGCAGGUGUGGGAAAUGUAGUGGUUGUAAUGUUUGUGUUGUGGUUUCAAUUCAUUUCAUUGUUUUUGUUGUGAUGAUUUUCAAUGUGUGCUGUGACCUUGUGACUUUUGUUUAAAUUUGAUUUGAAUACAUUUUUUUUUUUAAAGUAUGUUUUAACAUAUUUGAGUUUUAUCGCUGUAUGUGGUGGUGGUGGUGGUGUUGUUGUUGUUGUUGUUGUUGUUGUUAUUAUUAUUAUUAUUAUUAUUAUUAUUAUUAUUAUUAUUAUCCUCAUGAUUUUGGUUUUGUACUUUGCAUUCCUUUCAGAUCCUGCCUGCACUAAACCAAUGCUAAUAUUAACUAUUCUGUGUAUCUCUCUGUCCAAACACUGAACAUUUAUUGGAAAUACAAUAUUUAUUUUUUCUGAUUCAUUUCUCUGAAAUCUCUUCCUCUCCUCUUCUAUCCAUCUCCUCUCCUCUCUUACUAUCCUCUCCCUCUCUCCCCACUUCAGUUCCAGUUGAUUUACCUUCAGGCACAGCAAGUGUUAUUAGUGGGGCUUGCUUAUUAUUCUUUGACACGCUACUCCUCUUACACCGUU